AUGGAUCGGCGCACAACGCUCCGCCUCUCGGUGGUCCUCAAUGUCCUCCUCCUCCUCUCCUCACCUCUUUACGUAAUCUUCCGCCAAACCGCUUUCAAAGAGCUCGAGGUCGUGGACAAGUCCGACUCGUUCAGGUUUAGCGAAGAGCUAGCCCAGGUACCUAGCACACCUCCAAAUCCUGUGUUCGAGUGCGGGAUGGGAGAGGCCGGCCCUAUCGGGCGUCGGUUGACCGAAGAGUUGGGUGACGUCGCGAUGCGACGCAGCGUGGCAUACUCUGGUUCCAAUCACCGCCUGCGCCGCACCCUCGCCAAGAUGCGGGCAGGUGAACCCUUCUCAAUGGGCGUCAUUGGCGGCUCAGUGUCAGCCGGCCACGGGAUGGACCGCUCAAAGGAGUACAUGCAGUCCAUCAUGCACCAAGUCCUCUUCGACUACCUCAACUCUAAAUUCCCCUCCGCCCAACCCGCAGUGGACGGUCGACACACCAAGAACAGCAACCGGAACGUCUACUGGAACGGCGCCCAACGAGCCCGUGGCUCCGAUUACUUUUCUUUCUGCGCUUCCCUUCACCUCAACACUGACGUGGACUUGGUGAUCGUCGAACUCGCCGUCAACGACCGGUUAGACCCUGUCAACAUCAAGCACUUUGAAAACCUUAUGCGCUAUCUUCUCCAACUACCGUCGCAACCAGCCGUCUUGGUUGUCAACACGUUUGCACUCAUGUUCUGGGCCAUUGCCACGGGUGGAGACCUAAACUUUGGCAACGCACAGUACUACGAUCUUCCCGUCGUGAGCGCGCGCAACGUCGUCCUCCCAAGUGUGCUCCAGAACUACACCCGCCUUGGCCAAGUUUUCAACACGGACGACUGGAAGCCCAUGAAGCCGGACCUGUCCAACGCCGACCUGCGCCACUUUGGCAAGGAGAUGCACAUCAUCACAGGCGAGCUCAUGAUCUCAUACAUCGAGAGCCAGCUGUGCGAGAUGGACCGCCUCGAGUACCGCCGGCCCGACGCCACCUCCAACGAGCUGUAUCCCGUCGACCCCAUCCCCCGCCUGCGCCUGCAGGACAAAUACGAGUACGACGCCAAAGACUUCCCCAAGCUCGAGCCCAAGUGCGCCACCACCAACAGUGACGAGUUCCCCCUCGUACCCGUCAAGCAGGACGGUUGGAGGCCGUGGGCGUGGAAGGGGAAGAAGAAGUAUCUCAUUGCUGACCGGGUCGGCGCAACGAUUACCUUCGAGUUCACCACCGUCGUUGGCGUCGCCAGCCUCUAUUACCUGCGCAGUUGGGAGUUUCCUCUCGGCAAGCUCAGGUGCUGGGUCGACGGCAUCCAGGGGACCGCACAGGUGUCCAACGGCAGGUGGGACAAGAGGAUGAACAUUGGCGAUACGACAGAGUGGUCAGGCCUCACGCCGGGCAGCCAUACACUCGAUUGCGAGAUUAUCGCAUCCACAGACGACCCAACGGGCAAACACGAAUUCCGUCUCAUUUCUCUCAUGACCCUGUAG